AUUUGUUGUCAGAGGCGAAGAGGAGGAGGGGACUGCGCGUCACCGGGUCUUUUCUCCACCGAGCUUUCAGCCGCCAAAGGUGAACCCCAGAGGCGAACCUGCUUCCGCUUGCUUCUCCUCUCCCAGCUUCGGAACGCGAGCAGGCGUUCACCCCAUCUUCUAGGCGCCACACUCGAGAAGCGGAGGCAGGAUGGAGUUCAAGCUGGAGGCUCACCGUAUCGUCAGCAUCUCCCUUGGCAAGAUCUACAACUCGCGGGUCCAGCGCGGCGGCAUCAAGCUGCACAAGAACCUCUUGGUGUCGUUGGUGCUGCGCAGCGCCCGCCAGGUCUACCUGAGUGACCCAUGCCCUGGUCUCUACCUGGCCGGCCCUUCUGGCAUCCCGACGGUGCCGCCGCCCCAACAGCCCGGAGAGCCGGUGGCCGGGCCACCCUCCGGCUGGGGAGAGCCGCCCCCGCCGUCUGCCCGCGCCGCCUGGCCGGAGCCCGAGCCGCAGCCGCAGCCUCAGCGCCCUUCGGUGUGCCACACGCCGGGAGCGGGAAGCUCCGUGCCGGUGGCCGCAGCGGCCGGAGCGGAGGACGCUGUCCGAGGGGGAGAGGCAGACUCGGCGGCGGCAGCUGCUUGGGGCCGCGUGGAGCGUCCGCGCGCGGUGGCUUCUGGAGGCGGCUUGGACACGUGCCCCGAGGGGUCCCGGGCAGUGCGGCGCCCGUGCGGAUGUCCCCCGGCCCGGGAGGAGCAGCCGACCGAGGACGGUUCUCCCGCGCCACCCGCCCCAUGUCCCAGGAAGCGCGGCGCAGCGGGAGUAGGUGGUGGCCGCGCUGGCUGCCCGGCGCCCGGCUCGACCCCUCUCAAGAAGCCGCGCCGGAACUCGGAGGAGCAGCCGAGCACCGGCAAGGAGGAGGACACCGACGAGGAGAUGGAGACCGGGAACGUGGCAAACCUCAUCACCAUCUUCGGGUCUAGCUUCUCGGGACUCCUACGGAAAAGCCCUGCGACCGGCCGGGAGGAAGAGGAGGCGGAAGAGAGCGGCCCGGAAGCCGCCGAGCCCGGGCAGAUCUGCUGCGACAAGCCGGUGCUGAGAGACAUGAGCCCCUGGAGCACAGCCAUCGUGGCCUUCUGAGUCCCCGGGGCCCGUGCGGCUGGAGCUUGAGCAGCGAGCGUCCCCGAAGUACGGCCGUGGCCUCUCCCGGCCUCGAGGACGAGCCGAGACCGUAGGCGCUGGGCGCGUAGGGGAGACUGGUUGCUGCCGGGCAGCAUAGCGCCCCGGACGGGGCAGCCCGGCUGGGCCGUGGCUCUCGAGUCUCACGCAGAGACCUAGAGUUGGAGGCUUAUCGGAAGAGGACGAUCGAUCGUUAAAUUUUGUGUCUGUGUGUGUCUGUGUGUACGUUUGUCUUGUGUUGAGACUGUUCUGUGGUUCUGGAAUGCACCACCCCUUCCCCGGGGCUUGAGACUUUUGGGGGCGCAGACAGGGACUUUCCUCUGCCAGCAGCACAGAAAAGGAAGCUGCUGAAAUGCUCGAGGCAGGGGAGUUCCCCGUUCGAUCUUCGGGGAGAGAGGGACUUUACACACUCUCCUGAAAGCUAGAACCUCACCGGCGCGCGGAGUGGCGUUUCCUCAUAGGAUUUCCUCAGACUAGAGGGAGUUCGCCUGGAGUAGAGACUUGUAUUAUUUUUCUCCCUCCCUCCCUCCCUUUCUCUGGCACAGAAGAAGCGCUUCUACCCUGUGAUUACUCUGGGACAGCAGAACAUUAAGGGACCUUCGAUUCCCCAAAGGGGAAAAAAAGCUUGGUGAACUUCACAGAAGAGUUCAAGCUUGGAAAUACGGAGUUUAUAGAGAAAAGAUAUAUUUUUAAAAGCUCUAGCUCAGAACUUACUACACAGUGCUUUUAAAAAGUGUUUAAUGAAACAAAGUUUACAGGCGAGCUCUAAGUGGAAGGACCUUAUGGUUUUGUAGAUACGGUACUCCAGUCUUUGUUGUAUAAAGGUUGGGGGAGCUGAUAAGGUUUUUGUACAGUAUUUUCUCCUCCUCUGUAUUGAUUUUUGUAUAAAAAUGUAACUUUACGUGUCUAACACGUAUUAAAUAUUUUGAAGCAA